UUAGUUUCCGAUUUAGUCCCAUUUCACCAUGACCUGGCCCGACGUCCCCGUCAAGCCCGCCGAGGGCAUCUCCUACUUCACGCCGGCGCAGAGCCCGCCGGCGGGCACAGCUCGCGAUCCCCAGACCAGUGGGAAGCCCAUCCCCAAGCUCUUCCAGCCUCUGACCAUCCGUGGCCGGACUUUCCAAAACCGCCUCGGGGUUGCGCCCAUGUGCCAAUACAGUGCGGAAGAUGGCCACAUGACCCCGUGGCAUAUGGCUCACUACGGCGGUAUCGCUCAGCGUGGUCCCGGAAUGAUCAUCAUCGAAGCUACCGGCGUCGUGCCCGAGGGCCGGAUUACGCCCGGUUGCGUGGGCUUGUGGAAGGACUCUCAGAUCGGCCCUCUCAAGCAGGUCAUUGAGUUCGCCCACAGCCAGGGUCAGAAGAUCGGUAUUCAGCUGGCUCAUGCCGGUCGUAAGGCCUCGACUGUUGCUCCGUGGUUGGGUGGUGUCACCGCAACCAAUGCCGUUGGUGGAUGGACCGAUAAUGUCAAGGGCCCUAGCGCUAUCCCCUUUGCCGAGGGCGACAUCGUUCCUAAGGCCAUGACCAAAGAGGAUAUCCAGGAGGUUAAGGAUGCCUGGGUUGCGGCUACCCGCCGCGCUGUCGCCGCCGGCGUCGAUUUCAUUGAGAUCCACGGUGCCCACGGCUACCUCUUGUCUUCCUUCCUUAGCUCCUCGUCCAACAAGCGGACGGACGAGUACGGCGGCAGCUUUGAGAACCGUAUUCGUCUGCCUCUCGAGAUCGCUCAGCUGACUCGCGACACCGUUGGAUCCGACAUUCCCGUCUUCCUGCGUGUCUCCGCCACCGACUGGCUGGAGAACAGCCUGCCCGAGGAGCAGGGCUGGAAGUUGGAGGACACCGUGGAGUUUGCCAAAGCUCUCGCAGCUCAGGGCGCGAUCGACCUGAUUGAUCUCAGCUCUGGUGGAGUGCACUCCGCUCAGAAGGUGAUGUCUAGUGUUGGUUUCCAGGUUCCCUUCGCGGCUGCCGUGAAGAAGGCCGUCGGUGACAAGAUGCUCGUGUCUGCCGUCGGCACGAUCAACAACGGUGUGCUGGCCGAGAAGAUUCUCAACGAAGAAGGCGUCGAUCAAAUCCGGGUCGGUCGGGCCUUCCAGCGCGACACCGGUUUGGCCUGGGCCUUCGCCAAGGACUUGGACACCGAGAUUGCCAUGGCCGGGCAGAUUCGCUGGGGAUUCACCAGCUUCCGCAAUGCAUCGGAGUACAUCCAGCCCAACUCGAUGAAGGCCUCCAUCUUUGAUUAG